AUGGAACAAAUGCUAGGAAACUUUUAUGAAAGUUUCAAACGGCUAAAUGAAGUAUUUACCACCUAUACGCAAGUAAUGUCCCGGCCAACAAACAAAGCUUCAAGACCUUCUAGCUACAAUUACGAAAAAGAGUAUGCAAGGGGAAGACAAAAUACGAAAAAGACUCAACAAUAUUGUAGAUACCCCAAUGGACUUAAUUCUGAAAACAAAGACAAAACUUUCGCCCGGCAUCACGUGACCAACAAAAAAAACGAAGGACCCAAAAAACCGGAGGACAAUACAACGCUUACUUCACAACAUUAUGCUGUAAAACCUCACCGAAGGAAAGAUUUAUAUAUUACCAAUAAUUUUAAAGCUGCUAAAAAAAAAAAAUACAUAAGUCAUAAAGUGGAAAAACGCAAAACAGAAGAGGAUGAAGUAUACUUAUCGUGCUUAGAGAUGACGGCUCAAGGUCUUAUAUUUAAUUAUGACUUGCCGGACCCCGUUCAAAGAAAAGAAAGAUCAAAAAAGGAAGAUAAAAGCUUAGAAGGGAAGGCACUCACGUAUGACCAAAAAUCUAUAGCUAAUACAGCCGCCGAAACUGAUGAAGAUUUCAUGAUGAUCAAGGAAGAAAGAAAUAUCGGAAUCAGGGAAAAAGCAAAAUCUUUCAUCAAUAAAGUGGAAAAUAUGCUGAACAGAAGCGGGAUUAAAGUACCAGCGCUUGUCAAAGUCAACAAACCUGUGGAUGUCAUGUAUAAUUCCUGGAAAGUGAAACUCAAAAAUUUUAAAGGAUG